GGCUCAUGGUCCCGGCCAAAGAGCAGUUUCCCUUGUAAAAUACUCUUCUAUUCUGCUUUUUUUCUUUCUCUGAUGGAAGAACACGGGACUGUAGAUGUGAUUUCUGAUGGAUGUGUAUGAUGCACCAAACCAAACAUCAUACAUCCCACAGGGUCACAACGAUAAUAAACGGAAAUCCUGUUCUGUCGACACCCAGUUGGUUCCUUUCCAUCUCCCUCUUCUGCUUUGAUGGCAACUAUGCCGUCCAUGGAUUCGUUAACGGGAAAGGUCAAGCAAGCCCUGCUACUCUAUUUUGAUGGUUUCAGGGAGGCCUGUUGUCUUCAUAGGGUCGUCAUCUUCUGCCGCAAGUCGAGAAUGCUUUUUAUCCGAACUGGGCAGUGCUUUCUCUUGAAUGGCUUGAUUUUUUUAGGAAGCUUGUUUAUUCUAAACUCAGUUGUCAUCCCAACGAUACAAUGGAUUUUGCCUGAUGAAUGCCAAAACUUUGGUUCAAAAGAUCUUUGCCCCCUUGGUGGUAUUGUAAAACUAUAUUCCUUUUUAAGUAAUGGACUUAUCCAACUAUUCUAUAUCUUUUGGUUUUACCCACUAUACGUUUUCAGCUUUGUUCUGAGCAGCAUCUGGUACAAUGAUAUAGCUAAGCAUGCUUUUGUUGCAAUGGGGAAGCAUCAUUCUGCCAUAGCAGAGCUAUCUAUUGAGACAUUACCAAAUUCACAGGAUUCAUUACAUGUAGAUAAAUGUCCUGGCCUUGGGGGGGUAAUAAUUGGAAUUGGAGAACAGAUCUAUUCAGUUCUUCUGUUGAGUUUCUUCUUCCUAGAGGUUUUUGCUGCAGGGUUGAUACCCUACAUUGGGAAAGUUCUCAACUUUCUUCUUCUUUCCUGGAUGUAUGCCUAUUACUGUUUCGAGUACAAAUGGAAUCUUGCUGAUGUUGCUUUGGAUAAAAGGCUUGACUUCUUUGAAUCAAACUGGGCCUUUUUUGCGGGUUUUGGAGGCCCUUGUGUUCUGGCAAUUUUCUUUUUCCCUCCUCUUGUGAGCUAUGGAGUUAUGGCUAUUCUGUUUCCACUGUUUGUUGUGACAGCAACAGGCUCUGAGGCAGAGAAGGUUAUCAAUUCGAAAAGAACAACAUGGCGAUGUGCAGGAUUAGGGAGGCUUCCAAUAUUUUAUGCGGCAGAUACUUUAUCGAUGCGAGUCUUGUCACUGUUAGACGGGAAGGUACUCUGAGGAAUUUCAAAUAUUGUGGCAAUCAGAAUAGGUACGAGUUCAUGGUCAAUCCAGCUCUAUGCAGUCAUUCCUCACAAAAGACGCUACAAAUUGGGGCUCUCUAACAACCACCAGCUGCCCCUGCCCAUUCUGUAUAUUUGUGUGUAAAAGUAAUUUAACUACCAUUUAUGUGUAAAGCAAUUUGUUAGAGAAAACAGUAUGUACAGGUUUCCUAUGAUCA